AUCGUAAUGGUGUAUAAUCUGAAAACUAUAUAAACUGCACGAAACCAAAAACAUAAGAUCAUAAAACCCCUCCAAACAAAAAAAAAAAAAUUUACGUCGUUAAUAACUCCAUAAUUAAAUGGAGAAUCCGAGCUCCUCUUCAAACAUCGAAAACCUUCAAAGAAAUUGUUAUAACGAGUGGAUGAGCUUACAAGCCAAACGCAUGACAGAGCUCAAACAAGCGUUAUCAAACGGCGAAAAAGACGAUGACGAGCUUCGAGAUAUGAUACAAACGGUGAUCGGAGAUUUUAAGGAUUAUGCCAGAAAACGGUCGGAACACUCCCGCCGAUAUAGCUCAAACUAUAUCGCUCCGACAUGGAACACUUGUCUUGAAAACGCACUUCUUUGGAUGGGAGGUUGUCGUCCUUCUUCGUUUAUACGACUCGUAUACGCCAUGUGUGGGUCUCAAACCGAGCUCCGUUUUACUAACUUCCUCGGUAACAACAACAUCGAUGGUUUACGCGUGGCCAUGGAUGAGACACGUGACGGUGGUGGGAGUGGCGGAGGAGGAGAGUCUAUGGGUGAUCUAACGGCUGAGCAGUUAUUCAAGAUCAACGAGCUCCAUAUGAUAGCGGUGAAAGAAGAGAAUAGGCUGACUAAGCAAUCGGCAAGUUUACAAGAAGACUCGGCGGAUAUGCCUAUCGCCGUCGCGGCGUUUUACAAAGAGGUGAUAGGAGAAGCUGACGUUGAGGUGGAGCGUGCGCUUGAUAAGCACGAGGAGGAUAUGGCUGGUUUGCUAGCUGAAGCGGAUAAGCUGAGGCUGACCACGUUGACUAAAAUCGUUGAGAUUUUGACGCCGGUUCAAGCGGCGGAUUUUCUGCUUGCCGGGAAAAAACUUCAUUUGUCGAUACACGAGUGGGGAAAAUUGAGAGAACGUCGCCGGCUUGAAGGUUGUGGUGGUGGUUCCGGUGGAGAAGGUGCCAGAGAGUAAUGGUCGCCGAGCGGACAUUAUGAAAUAUAUAAUGGAGGAUUAAACAGUAACAAGAUUAGACUAAUCUUGGUGCAUUCAAUAAUAUCUAAGAUUCGCUUUCAAAUUAAUUUUCUUUGUUUUCGUAGUCACUAAAAUGC